AUGGCCCCUAUAAAGAAACAAAAAGACAAGGUUACUGAUGAACGGAGCGAAAAGGUAAAGCUGAAUAUGAGGCGGAUGAGGGAGCGUAUUCGGAACAAUCCCGAAAUGUAUGAAGAGUACAAAAGGAAAGAACGGGAAAGGUACCAUAAACGGAAACAAGAGGGAAAAAUAAAGCUAAUCGAGGAUUCAACUGAAAGAGAAAAAAGAAGUAAGCGCAAACUAUGGAGGGAGAGUUCCAAGAAGCAUCGUGAGGGACGUAGAAUAAUUCAGAAUAUUAUUAAAGCCGACACACCUCCACCUAGUCCAGUACCGCCAGGAGAAGGAGAAGGAAAUAACCAAGUUCACUACAAUCCAGGAACAAGCAAACAAUUUCAACAGGGGAAAAAGCAAUCUAGAAAACAUAAAAGAGAACUGUUGAAAAAAAUUGAAAAAUUACAAAAAAGUAAUGAAGCACUUAAAAAAAAGGUGGAGAAAUAUAAAAAACGUGCACACAGAGUUAAUAAAAAGCACAAGGUUACCGAUCCGGAUAGUCCUGGUGCCAAAGUUUAUGAAUUGUUAAAAAAUCCUAACGUUAAGCAGGAAGAAAUAAAAAAGAAAUUACUCUUGGGGGAAGUAAUUACAAAACAAGUUCAAGAAAAUUUGCAAGGGGAGCAGUCGUUAGAAGGAAAAAGAAAAGUUUUAAAAGCAGUAUCUGGAAGACUUAUGAAAAAAUACAGGUUUCUUAAUGGUUUAUCAACAAUGUCUCCAAAAUUAUGUAAGUCGAAGAUAUUACCGAAGAAGAGAAAACUUAUUAAGUCUACACUGCGAAAAACUAUUCAAGUGUUUUUAGAAAGAGAUGAAAAUAGCCGGAUGAUGCCAGGAAAAAAAGAUACCAUAACUAGAUUUAAUUGCAAAAAACAAAAAAGGUAUUUGAACGACUCCUUACAAAUUAUCCAUGACAAGUUUAUAAAAGCAUAUCCACAUUAUGAAAAGUUAAGCUAUCCCGAAUUCUGUAAAAAUAGACCAUUUUGGGUUCUUAUAUCUAAUGUGCGAAUUAGAGAAACAUGUCUUUGCAUGCAGCAUGAAAAUAUGUCACUAAUCGUCAGUAAAUUAAGAUUACUGCAUAUCAUAAACGAGUCUUCUCCGGAUCAAUUAUGCAAGAAGCUUUGUUGUUGCGAUGGGCUUCUAGGAGAAAAGUGUUUAGAUCGCACAUGUGAAGGUUGUAAAGACAGACACAUCAAUGUGAACGACUUUAAUGAAGAAGAGGAUAUUACUUACAAGAUAUGGAAAACGCAGAAAGUCAAAAUAGUUGUAAGAGGAAAAGAAAAAGAAUGCCAAAAAACAAUUAAAGAGGAGAUAAGAUCUACAAAGGGUUUAUUAAUGGAAAAGCUCAAAGAAAACCUACCCAAGUAUAUGCUACACUUAAGAAAUAUAAUACAUCAAUAUCGUGCUCUUGAUGAUGUGAAAAAAAAUCUGUCUGUCAACGAAAUAUUGAUACAUCUUGAUUUUUCGGAGAAUUAUAAUUGUAAAUAUGGACAGGAAGUCCAGUCAGCCCAUUUCGGUGGCUCCAAGCCGCAAAUUUCUCUCCACACUGUUUUCGUUUACAAGGGAACCAUUGAAGGCGAUUUACCGGAUCACAAUUACUGCACAAUUUCAAAAAAUUUACGUCAUGACCCUUCAGCCAUAUGA